AUGAAAACGGAGGGAGUAGCAAGUUUGGGGAAUCUUAAAGAUCUAUUGGCUCUUAACUUAUCGUCAAACAACAUGGGUGACUCUUUACCUCCAGAAAUUGGAAAACUAAAGGCUAUGAUACAAAUAGAUCUGUCAAUGAAUCAAGUUUCAAAUGGAAUUCCUAGAGAAAUUGGAGGCAUGCAAAAUCUGGUAUCCCUCAGUUUAAGCCACAAUCAGUUUUUUCUCUUUAAUGAAGCAUUAUGUGGUUCUUCAAGAUUUAGCUUCCCGCCAUGCCCCACUACUUCAUCAAGCCAUAGAUUAAAUAGGAAAAAAGUUCUAGUUCUGUUUCUUCUACUGGGAAUUGCACUGGUAUUUAUUCCUAUUACCUUUGUGGUCGUAUGGAUAAGGUAUAGAAGAGGUAAAGGAGCUCCUCAACAAUCUGAUUUAUUGUCCAUCUCAACAAGAGUAAGAAUUUCAUACCAUGAGCUGGUCCAAGCAACUGAAUCACUUAGUGAGAGUAAUUUGAUUGGUUCUGGAAGUUUUGGCUCUGUUUAUAAAGGCAUUCUCAGAAAUGGAACUCCAAUUGCAGUUAAAGUUUUCAAUCAGAAAUUGGAAGCAAUAUUCAAGAGUUUCGAUAAAGAAUGUGAAGUUUUGCGCAACCUUCGCCAUAAGAAUCUCAUAAGAGUCAUCACUAGUUGUUCUAACAUCAAUUUUAAGGCCUCAGUACUCGAGUACAUGCCUAAUGGAAGCCUCGAUAAGUGGUUUUAUUCACACAAUUACUUCCUAGACAUCAUGCAAAGACUAAGCAUAAUGAUCGAUGUGGCGUGCGCAUUGGAAUACCUCCACCAUGGGUGUCCAUCGUCCGUGAUUCAUUAUGAUCUAAAGCCUAGUAAUGUCUUGUUGGAUGAGAAUAUGGUUGCAUACCUAAGAGACUUUGGUAUUUCAAAACUGCUUGGUGAAGAUGAAAGUGAUUUAUACACAAAAACCUUAGCAACAUUGGGUUAUAUUGCACCGGUUAUGAGAUCAUGUUUGAUGGAAACCUUGACAAGGAGAACUCCUAACGAUGAAAUGUUCAAGGGAGAUCUUAGCUGGAAGCAAUGGGCGAGCAAUUCACUCCCAUAGGCAGUAAUGGAUGUUGUAGAUGCUAACUUGGUAACACCAAAUGAUAGUUACUUGAAGUCAAAUUGUGUGGCAUCGAUCAUGAAAGUGGCAUUAGAUUGUUGUGUUGAACCUCCUGCAAGAAGGAUAAACAUGAAAGAUGUUGUAGGAAUGCAACAGAAGAUCAAGAUUCAAUAUCUUGCAUGUUGAGCAUCUUUUUGGAAACUCCUGUUCCAAAUCACUUGUUUGUUGCACAUGUUCGCUAAAUUAGUGGAUUCAUGUAAAUAUUGUCUUUUUUGUUUUAGCACUUGAGUCGUGCAUGAUUCUGUUUUAGCUUUAGAAAUGCUAGCUGGUUGCAAUAAAUCUUACUUUUUUCCUCUUAAUAUUAAUGUUGCAAAAUGGC